AUGAAUGCCUUUCUGUCGAUCCUACUAGCAAUACCGUUCAAUGUAUUUAUUGUUGUUUCUGGAUGGCAACAAGUUGACCGGCAUCAUCGUCGUCGUCGUACCGUUCGAAUACCCGAGAAUGUUUGGCGUCAAGCCGCGUUGGAACAUGAAGAACGAGUUCGCAAAAUAUUGCAGCCAGGGCUGGUUUCGUUUGAUCAUCCCUUGAAUGCUGCCCAUCGGAAAAAUAGAGAACAUCCAGAGCCCAACGAAUGGACAGCCCUUGACCCAAAACACCCAGUGUACAACUUCUUGAUCGAAUAUUAUGGUCUUAAAGGAAUCAAAGGUCCCAAGCGCUUGGCGCGAUGGUGUCCUAGUCUGUCCCUGCUACUUCUACAAGAAGAGACAAGAAUAAAGACUAUCGCUGAUUUGGAGGAGGCAUCCCUAAGCAGGUAUCCCAAGACAGGCACACGCACAAGUACACAAGAUGAUGAUGAACAGCAAGACUUUGAUAUCCUCAAUGGAGGAAUCCUAUUAGAAGGGGCCACUGAAGAUGACUUUUCCUCUGUUCUUCAUUUGCGAGGAGCUGAGAUGAUGCUGGACAGCGAUCAACAAGUAAAUGGAGUUAUGUAUUGCCCAUCUUUGCUAUUUGCCAAAAACGAACCAGAUCGCCAGGAAGAGAAUGCUCGUCUUACUACUCCGUUUCUAUGGUACAAGUCAAUACUUGAACAGACUCUUCAGGCUGAGCCUAUAUUACACUGCCACGGUUUGCACGAAUGGGCAAUGCAGUACCACCCCGAGGGUACUGAUCCUCCACCAAGUGCAAAGUAUCAACAACACCUUCGACUUCGAGUACCCCGAGAAAUCAUCAAUCAAACUGUAGAGCGCAAAGGUAUCUCCUGUACUCAUGUUGACGCCCUUCGCUUUUUCGCACCUGCGGCGGCUCCCUUGAAUCAUCAUGGGUCGUCUCUCAACAGAAUGGAUCAGUUGCAACUAGAACAGCCAGCUUGUGUCCAUGCUCACAUGGAUUUGCUCAAGAUUGCGAUCAAGCUGCGUCCCUUUUGUGAUCCAAGAUUACUAGUGAAUGUGCUAGAGGUUGCGUUGGAAUCUCGUACUUUGGAUGUGGCUGCAAGUCCCUACGAUGCCACCUCUUAUGGAGUUGGCGUUGUUCCUGUGGAGACGUCCGAGGGACGGGCCGAAUACACGAAACGGCAAAAGGACUUGAUGGCUCGAGCGGAAGAAGUGCGUCGGGAUCUUUUGUUUGCCUACGAACUCUUUCUUCCAAUGGCGUUUUCGGAAACUAGCUUGCAACAGGGUUGUAACCAACCUCAAGCCGAACGAUUGUAG